GCAGUGCUCAGAGUUUGUCAGAAGGCUGACCCGACAGGGUCACACACAGGACCAAGCAGGAGCAGGACCUCAGCAUUUUACCCUUUAUUACAAAUGGAGGAACAUGAAGAUGUUCAAUACUGUUUUCAGGACAGAAACUCUUCUUGCAGAAAGGCUUUGCUAUCGACAUCUAUCUACAUAACACUGUACAUCUUCUUCUCAUUGAUUUCAGCAGUUACAGUAUUUUUGAACAUACUGGUGAUCAUCUCCAUCUCUCACUUCAAGCAGCUCCACACUCCAACCAACCUGCUCCUCAUCUCUCUGGCUGCAUCAGAUCUCCUGGUGGGCCUGAUUGUGAUACCAGUAACGACUGUAGCAAUAAUGGAACCAUGCUGGGGAUUUGGGGAACAUUUCUGUGUGUUUCAAUUCUACAUCACUUAUUUAUGUACUUUUUUAUCUCUGGGCAAUUUGGUCUUGAUAUCUAUUGACCGCUAUGUUGCUGUGUGUGAUCCCUUAUUGUACCACUCUAAAAUAACAGUAACAAGAAUUAUGUGUUGUAUAUCCAUAACCUGGUGUUGUUGUAUCAUAUACCGUGCUGCUAUUAUAAAAAACUUUGUAAAUGUGCAGGUACCCAGUAGGUGUUUGAAAGAAUGUGUUAUUUUAGAGCGGUUAAAUUGGGUUACGUUAAUUGACAUUGCAAUUACAAUGGUUGUCCCGUGCUCUGUUAUUAUAACACUUUAUAUGAAAAUCUUUGUGGUGGCCAGAUCACAGGCCAGAAAGGUGUUUUCAAAAGAGGCUGCCAGUGUGUCUGGUGUUAAAACUGUACAGGCAAAUAAGUCUGAGAGAAAAGCAACAAAGACUCUGUCUAUUGUUGUUUUCAACUAUUUCAUUUGUUGGAUUCCAUUUCUUUUUGUUUUCUUUCUUUCUUUUUUAAUUGAAGAUUUGUUAUUGUUUAUCAUCAGCUUUUUGCCACUUGUUAACUCCUUAAUUAAUCCAAUCAUUUAUGCCUUAUUUUAUCCAUGGUUCAAAAUUACAUUUAAACAUUUUAACAUUUUAACUCUGAAGUUAAGAUUUUCAUAGUUCAGUGUUGUCAUCAUAGAUUCAUGCGUUGAUACAGAAUUAUGUGGCUGGAUUGGAUUGGAAUGACUUAGAGAAAGCAUAAAAUUGUUUAAUAAAUGACAUUGUAGUCAUUUUUCGGUUGUAUAUUCCAAAUAGUCGGUUGCUGUUCAAUGUUAUUUAAUGUGGACCCCAGCAAGAUUAGCUGAUGCAUUUGCAUUAGAUAAUGGGGACCCUAUUAAAUACCAACAGUACAUUUUGAGGACGUCAUAUAUACUGUAUAUUGUCUAACAUUACCCUCUAGUGGCGCAAUUGGGACACACCGCUUUCAACAGGUCCAGUAAAGUUGAAAUGUACAAUACUGCAUGUUAUCAGAAAAUGUCCAGGUCUAUCGAAAUUGUGUAUUGUGUAAGCAUU